GCAUGAGCGUUCGAACCACAUGAGUGAUUACCUUAGUAAAGUGGCCUGGGGCAAGCGCGACCGCGGAGAUGUUCUGCUAUGGUCGGAAGAGGAGAUCCGAAGGGUGAAAAUGGCAUGCCAAGACUUUAUGCCGUCUAGAAGCGAUAGUGUCGCUCUGGCGGCCGAGCUUGGUACGGGUAAAACACCUAAACAGUACAGAGACAAGUGCAGAGGAAUGUACCGAGCCACUCUCAAACUGGAUAAGAGUCCUCGGCUGACACGGUCAAGAUAUAGGGGGAGAACAGCCCCACCUAUACCACCGUCGGUGCCGCUAGUCGAUGUCAAGAAGACCCUUGACGAGAUAGUGGCAUCUGGGGCAAGCGGUGGAGCCGAGGGAUCCUCUGAUCUCCUAGUUACGGAAGAGGAUUGCUCGCAGGGAGCAAUUUCCUCUGCAGCUUCCGCUAUGAUCCGAGAGAUAGGUCUAAAUGGGAAAACCCGUUACUCGACAACCCGGAGACAAUUUGAACGCCCUCCCAUGACGGGCAACAGGUACAGCAGAAGGAAGGCCUUCAGGAGGCAGGUAAGUAUGUUGCGUAAAGACGGAGGCAAGACUCUGGCUAAGCUUGUCCUGGAUGGACAAAUGGGACAACAGUGUCCUGUACCCCUGAAAAAGGUUACCUCGGUGUUCAAGAGCAGGUGGGGCUUGGUCAGACCGUUUCAUGGAUUGGGUAAGUUCAAAGGCUUUGGAAAGAUCGACAACCGUGGUUUUUGCUACCUGAUCACUUCUCUGGAGGUCUACAGCCAUCUCCGAUGUAUCAAGAAUCGCACUGCCCCAGGCCCAGACGGCAUCACGAAAGGGGCGUUGCAGAUCUGGGACCCGAAAGGGGUUAAGCUGGCCCAUAUGUUCUCCACCUGGUUGGUCUCAGGGAUCCUGCCGAAGGACUUCCGUCACUGUAGGACAUCGCUGAUUCCGAAGACAAGCGUGGUGUCACUCCUGAGUGACAUCAAUCAGUGGCGGCCUAUCACAAUAGCCUCAAUUGUCUUGAGGCUAUUCUCGCGGGUCCUCACCAAGAGGAUGACUGGUUCCUGUCCUCUUCACCCGUGACAGAGGGGGU